CUAAUCUCAUCUAGGGAUGCACGAACUUUGAUCGAUCACACACCUAAAAAACCCCUCUCCAAAUUAUAGAGCUAAAUCUGAUCCAUCCUCGCUCACAAAAUCACUCUUCAAAAACUAUAAUACUUUGUAAUGGAGUUGAAGCCAUGAGUUAUCUAAAACUGUUUGAUUUAACCCAACAAAAAACCCACAAAAUCCAAUGCCAAGGUGAUAAGGUGAGGUAACCUUCCUCAAGGAUUUCCUUCAAUUUUAGUGGCUUCUCUUAAUAAUUUAGGAUUUUAACCCAUGGCUUCAGUUCCGGUCAAAAAUUUGGUUCCUGGUUGCAGAGAAAGAGGUUUAGGUUUAUGUUAUCUGGAACGCCAUCAGCGUCAAGAAGCAGGGUGCAGGAUUUUAUGUAGUUUGAGGGACAAGGGAAAGUCCAGGAGGCCUUUAAGCAGAGAGAGAAGGAUUUUGACCACCGAGGCAAUUCAAGCCAUUCAGGCUCUCAAGAGGGCUCAUAAACGCAUUUCCCCUCACCACAAUGAACAACAACUAGUAGAUCAUGUCUGCAUUACAAAAUUCUCUCGGCUUCUCAAGACCGAUCUUCUGGCUGUACUUGCAGAGCUUCAGAGGCAAAAUGAAUUUGAAUUGGCUAUUCAGGUAUUUGAUCUUGUGCGCAAGGAAUUAUGGUAUAAGCCAGACCUGUAUCUGUAUGCUGACAUGGUACUGAUGUUGGGAAAGAACAAACUAAUUCAUCAGGUCGAAUUGCUGUUCUCACAAAUGAAAGAGGAGGGUUUAGAGCCCAAUACCAGAGUUUGCACCGAGUUAUUGUGUGCUUAUACAGAAGCUGGCAUGACUGAAAAAGCUAUAGAGAUUUAUGAAAUGAUGAAGCAGCACUCAGGAUGUAAGCCAAACGAAUUAACAUUCACAAUUUUGGUUAGCAGUUUAGAAAAAGUUGGAGAGAAAGAUGUUGCAAACCUUAUUAGAAGGGAUGCUGUUGAACACCUGAAUCAUCCCAAGAAAUUUCUGGAAAGUUUAAUAGAUAAACAAAUCACCCAUUAAUUUAUAUUCCUUAAUUUUAUGUGUUUUUCAAUUCAUUUUAUCACAACCAGUGGUGCUUUCAUAUCAAUGAUAUAUGGAGGAGGAGCUAGGUGUUAAUAAAAACUUGGAGUUAGAUCACCCAUUAAUUUUUAUUCCUUAAUUUUGUGUGUUUUUUCAAUUCAUUUUAUCACACUCAGUGGUGCUUUCAUAGCAAUGAUACAUGGAGGAGGAG